UCCUCCGCGACAGCCCGGCCCCAAUUCCCACACGCAAGCCCCGGUAGAUCUCCCCCAAAAUUCCCCAAUUCCAAUCCGCCGCCCUCCCCCUCCUCCGAUCGAUCCCCUCUGCUCGAUUUCGAUUCGAUUCCGCUCGAUGCGAGUGGAGGCGGCAGCGGUGGCGGCGGCCGCGGUGUCGUAGCGGGAGCCGCGCGCGAGCUCUAGGGUAGCUUAGGGUUUCUAGGGUUUGGGCUAGGGUUUGGGGGGGGGGGGGGGGCGCCAGCGAUGGGGCGAUCCCGCGGGGUGCCCAAUUCCGGCGACGACGACACGAACCACAGGUCGAAGCGGAGGAGAGUCGCAUCGAGCGGUGAUGCGUCGGACUCCCUCUCGGCGGCCGGCGGGGGAGCCGGAGAGGGUGGUGGGAAGAAGGCGCUGUACCACUGCAACUACUGCAAUAAGGACAUUUCCGGGAAAAUUCGGAUCAAGUGCUCCAAGUGCCCCGACUUCGAUCUCUGCGUUGAGUGCUUCUCGGUCGGUGCAGAGGUCACCCCACAUCGCAGCAACCAUCCGUACAGAGUCAUGGACAACCUGUCUUUCCCUCUUAUUUGUCCAGAUUGGAAUGCAGAUGAGGAAAUCCUUCUUCUAGAGGGAAUUGAAAUGUAUGGUCUGGGAAACUGGGCUGAAGUUGCGGAGCAUGUUGGCACCAAGGGCAAGGCACAAUGCAUUGAUCAUUAUACAACUGCAUACAUGAACUCACCUUGUUAUCCCCUUCCGGAUAUGUCUCAUGUAAAUGGUAAGAAUAGGAAGGAAUUGCUUGCCAUGGCUAAAGUACAAGGUGAGAGUAAAAAAGGAACUUCAGUGUUACCAGGGGAUCUGACCCCUAAGGAUGAGUCUCCAUUUUCUCCUCCAAGGGUCAAGGUGGAAGAUGCACUUGGAGAAGGUUUGGCUGGUCGAUCACCUUCACACAUAGCUAGUGGUGCAAAUAAGAAAGCUUCAAAUGUUGGACAAUUCAAAGAUGGUGCUAAUGUAGCUAAAGUUGAAGAUGGUCAUGUUGAUAGAAGUAUAGGCGUGAAAAAACCCCGGUAUUCUGCAGAUGAAGGGCCUUCUUUGACUGAACUGAGUGGAUACAAUUCAAAGAGAAAUGAGUUUGACCCAGAAUAUGAUAAUGAUGCUGAACAAGCACUCGCUGAGAUGGAGUUUAAAGAAACAGAUUCAGAAACUGAUCGUGAACUGAAGCUACGGGUAUUGCGUAUUUACUUGUCAAGGCUUGAUGAAAGAAAAAGGAGAAAAGAGUUCAUAUUGGAAAGGAACUUACUAUUUCCUAAUCCUUUGGAGAAGGAUCUCACAAAUGAAGACAAAGAAGUUUACCAUCGCUACAAGGUGUUCAUGCGUUUCCUUUCUAAGGAGGAACAUGAAGCACUUGUUAGGAGUGUUCUUGAGGAACGAAAAAUCCGGAGGAGGAUUCAAGAGCUUCAGGAAUGUCGUUCUGCUGGAUGCCGUACAUUGGCUGAAGCAAAGAUUCACAUAGAGCAAAAGAGGAAAAAGGAACAUGAGGUGAAUGCCCAGAAAGCUAAGGAAAGUGGUCAGCUUCUAUCCAACACUAAAGUGAUGCAUAAGACAAAUCGACCUAUGAAAAUUGAGUCAGAUGGUAAUUUGGAUCAGAAGAAAGGUGGUGCCAGCUUGGAGUCUGGUGGCAGGGAUUCUCCAAAAACAACAGGGCAUGCAGGCACUAAACAUUGGGAUGAUUGGGAUAUAGUUGGUCUUCCUGGGGCAGAACUAUUAAGCGCCAAUGAAAAAGUUCUAUGCUGUCAGAACAAAUUGCUACCCUGUCAUUACCUGAAAAUGCAGGAGGUGUUGAUGCAGGAAAUAUUCAAGGGUAGUGUCGCCAAGAAGGAAGAUGCCCAUGUAUUGUUUAAGGUUGACCCUGCCAAAGUAGAUACUGUUUACGAUAUGGUGACGAAAAAGUUGGGUACCAAUGAGGAGGCCCCAACUGUUUAGCCAUGUUUUUGAGUUCCCCCAAAACCAUCUCGUGGUUUCUGAUUUGCAGCAUGACUAUGGGGACAACUAAAAUGGAGGCUAUACUUGAAUUAAAUUGGCUGUAGUUGAAAUUUGUAUGAGAUGUCUUGAAGAAGUACAAUAAGGCAUUCCAGCCAAAUUGUAAAAUUAUCGCCCCAAUUGGAAUGUGUAGCAUGAGUUACAAUACCAUUACUCUCCAUUUUAAGAGGAUGGUUUGCCCUUAUUUAAUGUGUAACGUGUUGCGGUGCCGCUGAAAGGGCCUUGCUGUGGUAUAGUGCCUGAGUUGAUGUAUGUAAACCAUGCCACCUUUUUUCAUGUGUGACAUCGUUCCGAUACCAGAUGCUAUUAAUUGUUGUAUCUGAC